GUUCUUAAAUGGCUUACUCCGACCGACUAUGUUUCUCAGCAGCAUGACUAUUUCGGAAGUCGGCAACCCGGAACUGGUGAAUGGCUUCUAAACUCAAAGGAGUACCAGAACUGGCUGAAUACGGCAGCAGAAGCCCUAUUUUGUGAGGGGAUUCCAGGAGCUGGAAAAACUAUCAUGACAUCAAUCGUGAUUGAUCACCUUACUACAAAAUUCAUUCAUGAUCUAGAGAAUCUGAACACUGGGGUUGCGUACGUCUACUUUAGCUACUGCCAGAGUGAUGAGAAAGCCGAUGAUUUGCUUUUGAGCUUAUUAAAACAGUUGGCGCAGAUAAGAUCUUCGCUGCCUGACUGUGUAACUGCUCUCUAUGAACAGCACAAAGACAAGGGAUCUCGACCAUCACUAGAGGUAAUCACGUCGACCCUACAGUCUGUAAUAAGUACUUACUCUAGAACUUUUAUCGUCAUCGAUGCGCUUGAUGAAUGCCCAAACAUCAAUGAUUGCCGGAUGAGGUUUCUAGCAGAGAUUCUUAGCCUGCGUUACAAGUCCAAGGUGAACAUAUUUGCGACUUCAAGACCCAACGCAGAGAUCGCCAAACAGUUGGAAGGUAGCACUUUCAUCGAGAUUUGCGCUAGAGAAGAAGAUGUGCGUAAAUAUUUGGUUGGAAAUAUGGUCAGACUGCCAAAUUUCGUUUACGAGGACGUUAAAUUGAAAAGUGACAUUGAAGCGACGAUUAUUGACUCAGUGUUUCUCCUUGCCAAGCUGUGUCUUAACUCCUUGGUCCAUAAACUUACGAUAAAUGAUGUUCGUGAUGCCCUUUCAAACCUAUCGACCGGAUCGGAAGCAAUUAAUCAUGCCUACAAAGAUGCAAUGGAGCGAAUCGAGCGUCAGCCUCCAGAGAAGAAAGAGCUGGCUAGGCGGGUUUUAUCCUGGAUUAUAUAUGCGAAAAGACAACUUUCUCCAACCGAACUCCAGCAUGCCCUUGCAGUGAAGCAUGGGCAUCUCGAAUUAGAUAACCGGAAUUUUAUCAAUAUCGAAAAUAUUGUGUUGGUGUGCGCAGGCUUAAUUGCUGUUGACAAGGAAACGAACGUUAUCCGAUUAAUCCACUACACAGCACAAGACUUCUUCGAGCGAACGCGGAUGGAAUGGUUCCCGGCUGCAGAAGUAGAAAUUGCGAAGACUUGCACUUCUUAUCUCUCUUUUCGUAAUUUUGAGAGCGGGUUUUGCGCCAAGGACACUGACUUCGAGGAGCGGCUAUCACGGUACCUAUUCUAUAGUUAUGCUGCCAAAAAUUGGGGCCAUCAUGCUCGGAAUGCCUCGCCAUUACCACAGGAGGUCAUAGCCUUCCUUGAAUGCGAUGAAAAGGUACAAGCGUCAAGCCAGGCAUUGAUGGCCUCUAAACCAGCAUGGAGGAACUCGGAAUAUAGUCAGCAAGUCCCCAAGCAUAUAACCGGACUACACCUGGCGGCGUAUUUUGGAAUUGAGACAGCAAUGAGAACUGUCUUUGGUGAACAAGGACUGGACCUAGACGCGAGCGACGAUUUUGGUCGAACGCCACUUUCUUAUGCUGCCGGCAAUGGAUACGAAACGAUAGUCAAUUUGCUACUUGGUACAUAUGUAGUCAGCCCGAACUCAAUGGACAGAGAUGGCCAAACACCACUGAUGUGGGCUGCCAAAAGAGGACACAGUGCAGUUGUUAAGCAAAUACUUGUCGACGGCAGAGGUGACUUCAAUGUCAGAGACCGCUACAGCCAGACACCUCUA